AUGAAUAGGCGGCGAGACCCUGCAAGUGUUCUCAUCCGCUACCAAAAGAUCUUGGUGACCUACCAGAAGCUGAAAAGCAUGUCCAAAGCCUUCCAGGUGCAUGGCAUCAACCGUAACACAGUAGCUUCCACCACGCCCAUUGCGGAGCUCCUGGUGGCUCCCGAGAAGCUGCCUGAGGUGGGCGAGUUCGACCCAUCCAAGGAGAAGCUGCUCGAUUACGCGCGUUGCUACAAGGCAUUGGACAAGGCUUCGCUGGCCAAAGUGCAGGCCCUGAAGAAGAACAACCUCCUCCUGCCCAUCUCCUACCGCUUCAGGAACUCUUAA